CGUAACUCUGUGAAAAUUGUAAACAACGUGCCUUUUGCGCGGAGGCAUACUUGAAACAAUUUAGGAAAAACGUUAUCGGCGGAAAUUGGAUGUAAUCUACAAAGAUUGUGCUGUCAACAUGUUUUGAAAUAGUUUACCGAUAAAUGCAUUACAAAUAGAAGAUUGUGAGUGACUACAAAGCUGCCAGGUGUUAACAAUUUGUGAAGUGGAAUUUAACCACAAGAAGACACCCACAGGAUCCGUUUGUAAUGCCUGAAGACAGCAUUGAGACCCAGUGUCAUGUCUGAGGAAAGUAGUCAGCCCAGCACACAAGCCCUGAUAUGUGACAUAGACGACAUAGUGAAAUCAAGUACAGGUCAGUCCCAACCAGAACUCAACUCCCAGCAACUGAUGGAGGGCAUUGACCAAGCCCUGUCAGAGGGCAACAACAGGUCCACACCUGGGGAUGCUGUCGAGAUGAAGUCCCCAGAUGUACAACACACCCCAAAAGGGAGUGAGGAAGUUGUAGGUCAACCUGAGGAACAUGACGUGGUCAGCAAACAAGACAAGAUGGACGAACUGUCUGCCUUACCCUCACAAGACUCUUCCAAAUGUGAAUCCCAGACAUCAUCCAACAUAACCCUGUCUGGUAAAGUGGACCCUUCCAAGUUAGUCAAUACAUCUGAAGAAGAUUUGCUUGGAAUCGGAGGUUCGUAUCCAUCCAAAGAGGUCGAGACCUUCUCUGUCCCACAAGGAACCCAGCCUUUUGGCGUAGAACAUUCACAGGAGACUCCAUCCAUCAUAGAACAAGAGCCUCCUUCAGCUAUGGACCAGGAGGCUCCAUCAGAACACAGCUCAUUGGAUAAAUCAGAUUCUCCAAGUGUUAUUCCUUCAUCUCAAGGCUUUGCAUCCAGUAUGUUUUUGCCGAGAGUUAUGAGAAAUACAAAACAAUCCGAGCAUGAAGCUUCUAAACAGAUUGGAAAGCCAGUCAGUGAAGACAUUCCAGAAAAGUCAGAUUCUGUGGAUCACGAGGAUGUGCCAUCAGCAAAGAGGGCAAAGCUGCAGUCUGAGGAACCUGAUGGGCAAGACGAUAAACCUGAGGAUGUCAGAGUUAUCCCCCUUGAUUGUGCUGAGAAGGAAGCUACAAGCAUCCCGAGUGAAAGUGCUGAAGCUGACCUGGUGUUUGACUCGACUCCGUACCAGGUGUGUGGAAGCUGGGGGCAGUUUGAGCAGCCUGAGAACUACCUCCGGGGAUGCAAGUGGUCCCCUGAUGGUGCCUGCAUCCUGACCAACUCCAACGACAACAUCCUCCGUCUCUUCAACCUUCCAGAGGGCGUGUACACCGAUGUCCAGGAUAUUCCCGAGGACAUGGUUCCAGCCCUGAAGAUGAAAGAAUCGGAACUCAUCUAUGACUUCUGCUGGUAUCCCAUGAUGCAUUCCUCAGACCCAACUUCCUGCUGCUUUGUGAGUACGAGUCGGGAGACCCCUGUACACAUGUGGGACGCCUUCACAGGAGAACUCAGGUGCUCAUACCGAGCAUUCAACCAAGUGGAUGAGGUGACGGCAGCUCACAGUCUGGCCUUCAGUCCGGAUGGCAGGAAGCUGUACACCGGCUUCAACAAGAUGAUCCGAGUGUUCGACACAGCUCGCCCGGGACGGGACUUCCACAGUAGACCAACAUAUGCUAAACAAGGCCAGUGCGGGAUUAUCUCUUGUAUUGCUGUGAGCCCCACAGAGCAGGGCCUGUAUGCUGCCAGCUCGUAUUCUAGAAGUGUUGCUCUGUAUCAUGAACCAAAAGGUGACAUGGCCUGCAUGUUUCAAGGUCAGCAAGGGGGAGUAACUCACAUCAUGUUUUCCCCUGAUGGCAACAAGCUGUAUAGUGGAGGAAGAAAGGAUCCUGAAAUUGUUUGCUGGGAUUUGAGAAAGCCGGGAAAUAUUUUGUUUGUUGCCAUGAGACAAGUACAGACUAACCAGCGAAUAUACUUCGACCUGGACAGCACUGGGAGAUACCUAUUUUCUGGUAACCAUGACGGCACUGUGAGUAUCUGGGAUACCCUACAGCCCCCCGAGACUGGGAUGCCGGAUGAUGAGCCCCUCCUCAAGCCAGUGCUGAACUACCAGGCACACACCGACGUGGUCAACGGCCUCAGUGUUCACCGGACGAUGCCUUUGAUGUGCACCACCUCUGGACAGAGGCACUACCCCGCACUUGGCGACAGUGACGACUCGGACACAGAGACAGCACCCAGCAGCAGCAGCAGCAGCAUCGACUACAGCCUCCGUCUAUGGUAUUACCCUCAGUCAACUGACCAAGCCCCCUCCUCGUGAUGUCUUCACAUGCAUUGUACAUUGUAUGAAUAAACUUAUAUGAAUAUGA